AUGGUGACUAUCGGUGGUGGAGAUCUUCAUUCUGAGGCUUGGUACUUAGAUAUUGGAUGUUCAAAUCACAUGGUAGGCCGUAAAGAUUGGUUAACUGAUCUUGAUACAAGUAAGAAAACACAAAUUAAACUUGCAGAUAGCAAAGCUCUAACAGUAGAAGGUAUGGGAAAUAUUGUGACAAAGAGAAAGGAUGGGAAAGUUGCAUUAAUAGAAAAUGUACCGUUUGUACCAGGAAUGAAAUGCAACUUGAUGAGUGUUGGCCAACUGAUAGAGAAGGGAUUCUUAGUCAUCAUGAAGCUUGAUUACCUUGAGAUGUAUGAUCAACAUCAGAGAUUGGUGCUCAAGUCUCCACUGUCUAAGAACAAACCUUUCAAACUACAAUUCGACCUGCUAGGGUGA